GGGGGCAGCGGCUGCAAAACAAAAGGGAGCGGCGAGGAGCUGGCAGCAGGGCCGGGGGGGGGUCCGCUUGGCUGCUGCUGCUUCUGGGCUGCGCCCCUGGCACCCGGUGAGCCGCGUCCCCCCGCCAUGUCGCGCCGCAGCCAGCGCCUCGUCACCUCGCGCUACUACCCCGGGGACGAGGAUGCCGCCAGCAGCAGCAGCUCCCUGCUGGGGGGCCACCAGACGCCCUUCAAGGAGAGCACCGGCAGCAGGACGGUCCGCAGGAAAUCGAGCAGCACGAAGCGGCUGUCCCCCGCCCCGAGCACCCAGACCUCCUACUACAGCGAGUCCAUGAUGAGCGAGUCCUACCUGGGGGGCAGCCGGGGGCUGUCUGCCCUGGGCACCUCCGGGCUGGACGAUCCCCUGGACAGAAGCAUUUACUGGGGUGGGGAGUUCUCCACAAGGAGGAGAAGAGGCACAGGGGACACGGAGUCCAGUAAGAUCAACGGGCUGCUGGAGAGCAAGACAUACGACACCUACGCCUCCUCGUCUGGGUACUCCUCGGAGGACGAUUACGCUGGUCACUUCUACUCUGGCCAGAGCAGCUCCGGCUCGGGGCUGAGGUCCGCGGCCUCCAGGGUCGGCUCCUUCCUCUGGCAGGUCCUCACCUCGCCGGUCCGGUUCGUGGGGUGGCUUUUCUCCUGCGUGGGCGCCGCCUGGCACCGCCUGGCUGGCCGGGCUCCCCAGCUGGCACGUGUCCCCUUGUCGAGGCGCUACCCGCGGCUGAAGAAGUCCCUGCUGCUGCUGCUGCUGCUGCUCGUGCUCCUCGCUGCCGCCGCCUAUGGAGCUUGGUACUUCUACCCGUACGGCCUGUCAACGCACAGCCUCCCCGUGUUCCCGUGGUGGGGGGCUGGACGGCUUUCCUCCUCCUCAUCCUCCUCCGACGUGCCUGGGGAACGAGACGUGACCGCCCUGGACCAGGGGCUGCGGGGGGAGCAGCGGCUCCUGGCUCGCUUCCAGGCCCUGGAGAAGCGUUUUGAGGCGCUGGAGGCCGAGGUGUCGCGGUGGGAGCUGCGACGAGGAGCGGCGGCAGCAAUGGGGAGCGAGCCACCCCCGGGGGACAUCCUGGGGCUGCUGGAGGGGCUGCUGAGCCGCCGCGAGGCGGGGAUGAAGGAGCAGCUCCGAGGUGACAUGGCCGGACACCUUCAGGGGGAGCUGGACGCCCUGCGAGCCCAGGUGCAGAGGGAUAUGGACGGGCGCCUGGAGAAGAUGGCGCGCGCCUCACAGGAGAUGGAGGCCCGCUUGCUCGAGCUGAAUUCGGGGUGGCAGAGCUCGGUGCGGGAGGACCUGCGAGGUGGCUUCCAGCAGGCCAUGGGCGAGCUGGAGCAGGAGGUGGCGGGGCUGCGCAGGGAGCUGGCAGGGCUCAAGUCAGACCAGGAGGCGAUGGGCAAGCACGUGGAGGGGCUGCUGGAGCAGCUCAAGGCGCUGCGGGCUGACGUGGAGGCCCAGAUGCCGACGUGGAUCGGCCGGUUCCUGUCGCAGCCCCACCAGGACGGCGCGGCCGCCCUCGUCCUCCAGCGGGAGGACUUGCACGCAGAGCUCCAGGCCCUGGAGCGCAAGAUCCUGGCCAAAGUGCAGGAGGAGCGCAGGCUGUCGGCGCGGGAGGCCUCGGCCGGCAUCGGCGUGGCCCUGCAGCCAGGGGGUGCCGGGGGGGUGACGGAGGAGCAAGUGCACCUCAUCGUAGACCAGGCACUGAAGCGCUACAGCGAGGACCGCGUGGGGAUGGUCGACUAUGCCUUGGAGUCAGCGGGGGCCAGCGUCAUCAACACGCGCUGUUCCGAAACCUACGAGACAAGGACGGCGCUGCUGAGCUUGUUCGGGAUCCCCCUGUGGUACCACUCGCAGUCCCCGCGCGUCAUCCUGCAGCCAGACGUCAACCCUGGGAACUGCUGGGCGUUUCGCGGCUCCCAGGGCUUCGCCGUCAUCCGCCUCUCCAGCCUCAUCCGCCCCACGGCCGUCACGCUGGAGCACGUCCCCAGAGCCCUCUCGCCCCAGGGGACCAUCCCCAGCGCCCCCAAGGACUUCACCGUCUACGUGAGUAGAGCCCAGGGGGGAGGCUGGGGAGGAUGCCGCGGUGGAGGACGCUGUGGUGGAGGACGGGAGGCUGGGGAGCCUCAUGCCUCCGUCUCCUUCUCCCACCCUGGCCACGCUGCCCACCCCCAGCUCUCCCUUUCUGCCUCCCUGCUCCCCGUAGGGCUUGAAAGAGGAGCGAGAGGAGGAGGGCCUUCUCCUGGGGCGCUUCACCUACGACCAGGAUGGCAAUCCCAUCCAAACGUUCCUCUUGGAGGGUGACGACGUGGGCGCCUUCCAGCUGGUGGAGCUGCGGGUGCUGAGCAACUGGGGCCACCCCGAGUACACUUGCAUCUACCGCUUCCGCGUGCACGGGGAGCCGGCGCACUGACCCCCCCGGCUGCCGGCGGGGGCUCGGACGGAGACGUGCCGGGGUGCCGGAGGAGUUUCCCCCCCCCCCCUCGCCUUGCCUGCGCUGCUGCUUGCGGAGGAGAGGACUUUUUGCCUGCAAAGGGGGUGAGGCGAGAGCACCCCACGCGGGGUCGCUUUCGGUGCAUUUCGGACACUUUUGACUUCUUGAAGCUCGUUUUUUCUGCCGGGGCCGGGCGGCUCCCCCCUUUCUGGUGGCACACGCACCCUUCCCGCGGCUGGGGGCAGUUCUGCGGCGGGCUUCGCACGGGCUGGGGAGCGAUGCAGUGCCUCCCCUCUGUGCUUCUCGAGCUCUUAAAGACCUCAAAACCUUCGAUACUGGGCUGGCGGAGGGGAAUCAUUAACAGUAUUAACAAAGUAUUAAUAUAAAAGUAGAGGCAGGGGGCAGCAGGAGGGGAGAAACGCAGCAGGUUGGGUUGCAAAGCCAGCCCUGUGCCGCCGGGUCUCGGCGAUGCUCCCGGUUGUUAACCUUGAGGAUGCUCUUUGAAAACUGCUUCCCCCAUGGGUUUGUUCCUUUUUUUUUUUUUAAAGGGGUUGGGGGGGCUAUUUUCUGGUUAGGGUGUUGGGGAUUUCUUUUUUUUUGUAAUAACAAAGGAAAAAGCUUUUUCCACGCAAUUCCUGCGUAAGCGGAGGCCGGUCUGUGACGUGGGGCCGCUCGGGCGAGCGGCUUCCACGCGCAGUGGGGCUAGGGCUUUGCUUAGCACGAGGACACGCACGCACGUGGCAUAAGCUAAAAGAAGCUGAGCAAGGCUGGACCGCUGGGACAGGGACCUCCACGGGGUGCCAGCAGCACUCCUGGCUCCGGAGGCCGUCCUCCGGUGCACGUGUGUAUAGGCAGCUAUUGCUGGGACCUGCUGCCCCGCAGUUUUCUCUGUCCCUAGCUGCUUUGUGGGAGACAGGGGACGCAAGGCAACCCCACCAGCCCGCAGCACGCCUGGUUUCUAACUCAGCUCAUGUUUCUGGGUAGUGUUUCUAACCUCAAUGUUUGUCUUGCAUUUAGUUUAAAAAAAAAAAAAAAAAAAAAAAAGCUGAAGGGCUCGUGUGUAGUGUUUCAGCCCUGUAGGAUGCUGGCGUCAUCCUCCCAGGCACUGGGGGGGGCACUGAGAGUCAGUUCUGGUCUUUCUGCUUGGAGAGCUGCAGGGCACGGGGUGUAGAGGAGGGCACGGGGCCGUGCUGGCCCCAGGGGAUGAGGGCGAUCCGGUUAAAAUCACCCCACGGAGAGCUGGGAGGCCCCCCCUGCCAGGGGAAAACAGCCCCGCGGCCAAAUCCUCUCCUAUAUCGAGCACGGAGCCUCAGCUUUUGGCAUCCGUGGCCUGAGUUAUUUUAAGCUCGUCUGCAGCUGCCUGCUCGCCUCGGAGUCACGGCUCCUGCGAGCGCCCUGCACACACAGCCACGCUGCUGGGAGUGCCCAGACCUGUCCCAGGCCUGGCAGAGAGGUUCCUGUGUUUAUUCUGGUGAGAAACAGAGAGGGGAAGGGAAAGCUCUUCCCUUCGCUUACGGUUAUCCAUCUGUUGGAGGAAACGCCACAGGCACUGGGCUGGAAAGCCUUUCCUUACGUCCCUUCUGGCUCCCGUGCCUGCAGCUUUUUCCCUUGGACCACGAGGGCACGCAGGGUGUUUGCCCGAGACGAUGCUUUGUAAAAGGGGCGUGCAGGUGGGAGGUGCAACGCUUUCCUGAGCUGCAAGGGGAAAAGAGGGCACGUAAAGGUGCUGCUCCAGCACAGUGCAUCUCCUGCCCAGGGUUUAUUUAACCCUCCUGCUGAUGCACCAGGUGAGGCAGGAGAAACAAGAAGCAGCUGGCAGAGCAGACUUCCCCUAUUUACUCCAUGUCCACUCCGUUUUUCCUCCUUUAUCCUCCCUCGUUCCGGGCUUGCCCUCCACCACUGUUACAAAUCAGCCCUGCAUAGCUGGCUGGUUACAGGCAGGAGAUGAAUCUGUACUUGAUGCUGUAGCCUGUUGCAAAUGCUGCACUGUUUUGUUCAUGUUAUUUUUUAAUCCAGAUUGUAAUUUAUGCCUAUGCAAAGAAAAAAAAAGACCGAGACAAAUAAAUUAUAUCAAAACUA